CUCGAUGCUGCCCAACAGCGAUUCAAGCCGGUCAAACCCACCACACGAUUCGCAGCUUACAUUUUCAUCGCUAGGCCUUUUGCGCUCAAGAACCCUAAAUCUUAAAUUUUUUUAGGGUUUAUGGUCAUAGCAGCGCGGGAGAAGAAGCGAUUGCGCGAUGCGGUCGUGCGCAUUGCCGCUGCCUCCGAUGCGCGCAGCUUGCCGCUCCUGGAGCGCUGCAUUUCUCCGCUACUGCGGGUGUCCAGCUCGGUGUACGCUGCAGUGGUGCGCGCCCGGCGAAUGCUCUACGAUGCAGGAAUUUUUCGGGCAACGAGACUGCCGGUGCCGGUUGUGAGCGUUGGAAAUGUGACUUGGGGCGGAAAUGGGAAGACACCCAUGGCGGAAUUUCUUGCAUGGUGUUUCGUUUACGCUGGAAUCAAUCCAAUUGUUCUCACAAGGGGGUAUGGAGGCGGGGAUGAAGCUCGAAUGCUGGCGAAGCAUUUUCAAGGCUCUCCCGUCAGGCUUGGAGUUGGAGCUGACAGGGUGAAAUCCGCGCUUUCGAUUCUGGAGCAGUGUGGCAAGCUGGACACGGCCAGAAGAAGAUCGCUUGCCAAGUUGAUCGACUUUGGAGGCAAUCCACCGGCUUGGCCUAGAAACUCUGAGAUUGGAGUUGCCAUUCUUGAUGAUGGUAUGCAGCAUCUCAGGAUAGCAAGGGACGUUGAGAUUGUCAUGGUGAAUGCCGUGACACUGUUUGGAAACGAGAGGAUGAUCCCUUGGGGUCCUCUGCGUGAACCUCUUGAUUCUCUACGACGAGCCCAAGUUAUCGUCGUUCACCACGCAAACCUUGUCUCGACAGAAAGACUCGGAGCCAUUGUAUCCAUCCUGGAAGGCCAUUUGGAUGGAUCAAAGCCAGUUUUUGCCUUCUCCGAGAUGGCUCCGCAACAGUUUUUCUGCCCGUCACAAGAUCGAUCGCUUGCAUUGUCUUCUGUCGAGGGUGCCGUGGUUGUUUGCAUCUCCGGUGUGGGAUGCCCGGACUCCAUGUCUCUCUGCCUCGUUCAGCUUGGAGCUUCGGAAGUUCACAGACUGGAUUAUAAUGAUCACCAUAUAUUUGAAGCGGAGGACAUGGUGGCUAUGGAGGAUAAGAUUUUAGAGCUGAAGAAAAGCACUCGCGAGGUCGUAGUUGCUGUAACAUCUGAAAAGGAUUACUUGCGACACCCCCAAUUGUGGAAGCGUCACGAAGUUUUGGUGCUGUGCUCGGCUCUUAAGGUGAUAAAUUCGCGAGAUUUCAUGGAUUUGCUCGCGAAUACCAUGGCCAAGUAGGAAAAAUUCGAUUUUUACAUUGAGGAUUUAAUGUGAGCCGUGCGAUUCA